CCUACAUAAAAAAAUGCUGCGCCGCCCCUGGUUUCAAGCAAUAAUAGCAUCUAUAGACAUAACGACAAUUCAAUUUGGAUGUUACGUUUGACUUGAUCGGAUCAACUCCAGCACUCUACGUACCAACUCUGAUUGCAAGCAGUGCAGCCAACAAUGAAGAAGUUCGUGGUGGGGUUAUUGUUGAUGGUCAUUAUAGUGGACAUGUUUUGUCCAUCUGAAGCUUGGUGGGGCUCGAGAAGACGCAGUCGGCGGAGAAGUCCGCCUCCACCACCACCACCACCACCACCUUGUAACCUAAAAAUGAAACAUCACGGAUGGAAAAAUGAUUUCGACGGACAUUUGAAAUUCAAAUGUUCUCCAGGAGAAGCAAUAAGGAAAGUUCAAUCAAUUUACAGUUCCUGUGCCCGUGAUCGCGUGUUCAAAUUCGGUUGUGCAUCUAACCGGUACACAAAGAAAAUGAAGAAGUGCGAUUGGUCCCAACACUGGAUUAAUGACUGGGACAAGCCCAUUGUUUUCAUGUGCCCAAACCAUGGUUUUAUGGCUGGGAUUGAAAGUUACCAUGACAGUUACUAUGAAGACAGGAGAUUCAAGUUCUAUUGUUGUCACAGUUACUGGCACCAUGUCCAUUUCUGUAAAACCAGUAGCUAUGUGAACAAUUGGAGGUCUGAAAUUAAUUUUUGGGUGCCACGGAAUCGGUUCAUCGUUGGGGCAACCAGUUUUCACAACGGCAACGAUAAAGAGGACCGUCGUUGGAAGUUCAUACAUUGCAAAGUUUACUAGCAGCCUGUGAACCUCACUGCCAUAUGAAAGAAACUGAGAAAAAAUGACAAUCUUAACGGAAAAAUCUUAAUUUUAAUGUUACCUCAAAGGCAAUGAUAUUAUUUUAAAUAAUGAUGAUGUAAAUUAACGUAAGGGAAUAAAAAAAUAAUGAAUAAAAAGGUAAACAAGCUACAAGAAAGAGCUUUGAA